AUGGCGAGCAGCACGCUGCAGCUGCGCGCGCUUCUCUACGCGGUGCUGCCGAGCGAGAGCCGCUUCCGCUCGCUGCAUGAGGUGCCCAACUACGUGGAGAAGAGUAUUCCAUUCUUUAUUGGUUUUAUAGCACUGGAGUUUGCUGUCAGUUGGGUUCAGAGGCGGAAACUGGCAGGUCGGAUCAAUGAUGGAAUAAGUUCUCUGUCUUUAGGGAUCCUAUCUCGACUGCCAGAUGUUUUAUUCAGAAGCAUUGACAUAAUUAGUUAUGUCUAUGUAUGGGAUAACUACAGACUCUUUGAACUGCCCUGGCAUUCGCCGUGGACAUGGUAUUUGACUUUCCUGGGGGUAGACUUUGCAUACUACUGGUUUCAUCGCAUAAGCCAUGAGGUUAAUUUACUGUGGGCAGCGCACCAAAUACACCACAGUUCUGAAGAUUACAACUUAUUCACAGCCUUGCGACAGUCUCUACUGCAGAGAUAUACCUCCUGGAUAUUCAACUUGCCCAUGGCCCUUUUUAUCCCUCCUUCAGUGUUUGCUGUUCAUCUACAGUUUAAUCUUCUUUACCAGUUUUGGAUACAUACAGAGGUUAUCACCAACCUUGGGCCUCUGGAGCUCAUUCUUAAUACUCCAAGUCAUCACCGAGUCCAUCAUGGAAGAAAUCCUUAUUGCAUUGACAAAAAUUAUGGUGGCACACUUAUUAUUUGGGACAGGAUAUUUGGAACAUUUGAGGCAGAAGAUGCUAAAGUUGUCUAUGGGUUAACGCAUCCAGUAAAUUCAUUUGAGCCGAUCCUGCUUCAGUUACGUCCCCUGGCUCAUAUUUGGAACAUGUUUUGGGCCACACCUGGAUUCUGCAAUAAGCUUUCUGUCUUAUUCAAAGGGCCAGGCUGGGGACCAGGCAAACCUAGACUUGGCCUUCCUGAGGAAAUCCCAGUGAUUACUGGAAAAGAAGUUCCAUACAAUCCAAGUGUUCCUGCAUAUCUUAAUUGCUAUGCAGUUGUACAUUUUACUAUAAUAAUGGACUUGUAUAUUGACCUGCUUGCUACAGUGAGUAUGUUAUCACAGGGAACUGUUCUCCUGAGAAUUGGAGUUAUGAUUCUGUCCCUGACUUCUUUUGGAUUACUUAUGGAGAACAGGCCUAAGGCUGGAAUGUUGGAAUUCAUUCGCUGCUCGAUCUUCUUAUGUAUAUACAAACUUGGGUACUUAAGGAGCAAUCUUUCUUUCUUGGACUAUUCAUAUGAGGUUUUGUUUUCCCUCUGCGCUGCAUUCUGGGUAUUACGAUCUCUGAAGCGGAGCACUUCAUGUGCUGAUAAACACAACUGAGAGAGCAGAUCUCACCUCACUAAUUAUGGAAAGAGCCCUUUGGAAUACUCUUCAAAGUUCCUUGCAAUUAAUCAACUAUGUCUCUAACUGAAUUGCAAUCAUUUCACAUAUGAUAGGAGGGGGCUGUGAUUUUGUAUGAAGGUUUGAGAGAUUUAUUAGAAUAGGCAUGUAUUUUGAUUUGAUUUUUAAAAAUAUUUAAUUUCCCAUCUCAUUAAAGAAAAGGUUCUUGUAAUUCUUUCCCCAUGCCCUCACAAUUUUCAUUUUUUUUUAAUUCAAGGGAUCACAAAAUCUUAGAAACCAUGUAAAAUGAUAGCGUUUUGCAGUCAUUUUAUUAGUAUUUAACCAUAUGUGAAAAAUAUUCUUCAUGAUAGAUAUAAUUUAAAUCAUAUUUGUUGCAGCCUGGUAUAAAACCCUAUCUAGAUUAAAUGUAAAAAUAUGGGAAUGUCAAUUUUUCCGUAAUGAUUGAAUUACAUUUGAAUAUCAGUGUCAUACUCAAUCGUGUGUUCAUAACAUACAGCUACAUAGGGAUGAAAAGCAACAAAAUGAUUAAAAACAGCAUGAUAAAAUAACUCCAACUAGUUUGAGUAGAAACAUCUUCAAUAAUUUUGACUGAUAUAUGUAUUGCAUAAUGUAGGCUUACAGUUUUGAUUGAACUAUUUCAAGGGUAUACCUGCUGUUGCCAACUUCAGAUACUGAUCGCGCCAGCACUUACACACAUAAGCAUCCCAUUCACUAAUGAUACUCACGUGACAAAAUAUUUGCAAGACUGGGCCCUUAAUUUCUAGUAAUUUCCUGCCGAGGUGAUCUCAGGGGAGAUGCACGUCUUGUCUUUCAGAAGCUGCUGGAAAGAUGGUUUCUAUUGAGAUAGGAAAAUUAAAUACAAAUGGUGAAGGGAGUCUCCAAACAGCAGGGCUGGCAAAAAUGCUGGAGCUAGGUUGUUUUUCUUUCCUCACGCUCUUCCAACUUUUACUUGGCUCCAAGAUAUUUAAAAGUGCUUAAAGUCAAGUAGCUCAAAAAUGUAGGCUGUCUUGCRUGCUCCAAACUAUUAAUAAUACCUGGAUUAAAAUAUAAGACUCUUUUUUUUUUUUUCCAUUUUCCUUUAAGAUAUUCAUGACAAGCUAACAGAGAUCUCAGAUGUAGACAGAUAGCUUACUUUUAAUUAAGUUGUAUUUUCGUUCUUUUGCUGUAACAGGUGCCAAUAUCUACAUAAUUGAAUGUUUCCAGUAAAUCAUCAGAAAGACCAUGUAGUUAUAUAAAUAAAAUCAACCUAGUUUCCAGUGAUAGUAUCARUCUUAUUUUACAUAGAUUCUUUCUUUAAAAUCCACAUUUUAAUUUACCCCAUUUGCGGAUCAAAUGACCUGUGCCUAUCACUUUGGAUUAUACUCGAACUAAAAAUAUUUAACUGAAAAAGCAGGCUU